AUGGCCCUGAGGACGGAGGGGAGGAGCCGAACUCCUCGAUUUGGAGCAGCGGGGAUUGUAGAAGCCGUCGAGAAGACCUCGAUUCGGAGCAGCGGGGACUGUAGGAGUCGCCGGGAAGACCAAAUCCACAGCGCCGGAAAGACCAAAUACACGCUGCCAUUCGUGAGGGCCUACUGCGUCGUCGCGUCUGUCGCGUCGGGGAGGCCGCGCCAUGGAGGAGGGCACGCCGAGAAGGAGGCCGCGAGCCGGGGAGGAGGCCGUGCCGUGGAGGAGGCCACGCGAGCAGGGCGGUGCUCCACCGUGGGACGAGCUCCGCCUGGCCACACGAGUAGGACGGCGCGAGCAGGGCAGCGCGAGCAGAGCAGCAUUCAGGCGUGGCGGCGUGAACUGGGAGGCGGACUGCACUGCAUGAGUAGGGAGGCGGACGGGCAAGUGGGAGUGGGAGGAGGUGCAGAGUGCUAUCCUGCACGCUCCAGAGUGUCCAUUGUCAACGUACGCUGUCCCAAAGCGAGGGGCUGUGCACUAGAAGAUCGAGUGAUGGACCAGUAUUGGUAUUCCCGUCCAGUGCCAAACUUCAGAGAGCACAGUAGUGUGGACGAUCGUUUCGUCGGAAAGACACUAGUCAAAUCUGGACGUAAAGGCGGCGGCAGUGCUCGAUCGCGCCGGACCGUCGAAGUGAAGGGGACCGAGAUCAAGGCGGCGGCGAACGUAUUGCCACCGCCGAGAAUCCUCGCCGCCCUCGCCUUGGCAGCAUGGACCUUCUUCCUCUACGUGCAUUUCUCCGUGAUUACCAGCACGGUGGAGGUGAGCAACGGGGAUCGCCUCGCCGACCCGUGCCGGGGACGGUACAUCUACAUGCACGACCUGCCGCCGCUUUUCAACGCCGACAUUAUCCACAACGACUGUCGCAACAAUGAGGGCCACUGGGGCGACAUCUGCGCCUCCCUGAGCAACGCCGGCCUCGGCCGUCCGCUCGCCCACGACGGCACGGACGACAGCGGUGUCAUCACGGGCGGAGACGGGUGGUACGGCACGCACCAAUUCUCGCUGGACGCCAUCUUCCACAACCGGAUGAGACAGUACGAGUGCCUGACCAACCACUCCGCCGUGGCCUCCGCCGUGUUCGUCCCGUUCUACGCCGGCUUCGACUUCGCCCGCUACCACUGGGGCUUCGACAACGCCACCAGAGACGCCGCGUCGGUGGACCUGACAAGGUGGCUCAUGGCACGGCCUCAGUGGCAGCGCAUGGGAGGGCGCGACCACUUCCUCGUUGCCGGGCGAACAGGGUGGGACUUCCGGAGGAUCAGCAACCUCGGCGCGGACUGGGGCAAUGACCUCCUCGUCAUUCCGGGAGCCCGGAACAUGUCCGUGCUCGUGCUGGAGUCCACGCUGAAACGCGGCACCGACUUCUCCGUGCCGUACCCGACCUACUUCCACCCCAGGUGGGACGCCGACGUGCUCCGGUGGCAGGACAGGAUGAGCAUCCGGGUCCGGGAUCACGUCAUCGCGCAGUGCAAGGCGUCCAGCGCCUGCGCCAUGCUGAGCUGCGCGCGCACACCCAGCAGCACGCAGUGCCACAGCCCCGCCAACAUCAUGCGGCUCUUCCAGAAGGCCACCUUCUGCUUGCAGCCUCCGGGCGACUCCCCCACGCGACGGUCGGUGUUCGACUCGAUGGUGGCCGGGUGCAUCCCGGUGUUCUUCCACACGGGGUCGGCGUACAAGCAGUAUCCGUGGCACCUCCCCAAGGAUGACCACCUCAAGUUUUCGGUGUUCAUCCCGACCGCGGACGUGAGGCGGCGCAACGUGAGCAUCGAGGCCGUGCUCCGGGCGAUCCCUCCGGCCACGGUGGCUCGGAUGCGGAAGGAGGUGAUCAGGCUCAUCCCGAGUUUGUUGUACGCCGACCCUAGGUCAAAGCUGGAGACUCUCAAGGAUGCGGUCGACGUCGCCGUCGAUGGGAUCCUCGACACGGUGGCGCGGAUCAAGAACGGCGAGGAUGUCAACUGUGGCGGGCCAGUGGACAAGGAUCCGCCGAACCUUUUCGCCUCGACGGCAUCAAGGUUCUUUCCGGAGGGAUAUGGCAAGCUAGCUCUGUUUCAUUCUGGCAGUCACGCAUCUGAGUAA